UAACCCCCGAUCGUGGUGCAUGUGCGCUGUCGACAGUGAUAAAUGAUCAUCAUAUGUCCGAUCGGAUCUGAUCUCCCACUUGACCUUCACGAGACGCCGCUAUACGGGAGGAAGCAUGGAUUCCCAGUGGCAGGCAUACCAGGAUCCCUUAAUGGGGCAUCCCGCGCAGUUCAACAACGGGUUGACGUCUAAUCCACAACAGCUAGCCUCAAAAUACGGCGCCCAGCCACAGCACUCGCAGCCGCCGGUGGGCUACACCUACGAACCCUUCCAGUCUCCUGGCACCACCGCCAAACCACCAUCCAUCGGUGCAAAUUCCAGAACCGUCUCUAUGGCUUCGUCUCCCGCUGCGACGCCACGUAGUCGGGAUUAUGUCACCGAUGCGGACACCACGAUGGAAGAUGCGGAUCCGUACAACCGGGCCAAGUACUCGACAAGACCGAGCCAUCAUAGCCGACCGUCAUCCCAAUAUUUCCCAAGCGAAGAGUCGUCAGCUGCUCGCAGGUACUCCCCUAUGAAUGUUUUGUCUCCUUCCAUGUCGUUCAAUGCGAGUCCUGGGAAAUCGCAUAACUCGUAUGCUUUCCCGCCCGGGCCGAAUCAACCACGACGGUCGCCGACAAGAGGUUCAACCUACGCCUCACCUCCUCAGGCGUUCCAAUCCCCACCCUCUGCGUCACGCCCCCCUAGACUUCCCCCGCUUCAGCCUACCGACAUGAGCCCCGAUCAGUACUAUCCGCCCUCGGCGGGCUCACAGCUCAACGCCGCAUUUGCACAAGAUGGAAGGUCACCGCGCUCUGCGUCUAUAUCCGGUGGGAGCCAGCAGCCAGGCCGGGGCCCUGUUCCGAAGUUCCAGAAGAUCAAGUCCAUCCAGGAACUUCAACCACGCAUGAAUGCGCAGCCACCUUACAGACGCGCCAACCCUGAUGGUGGUUUCAUCAGCCCUCUGCAAGCGUUGACAACACAUCUCCCCGCCACUUAUCGAAUAUGCAACCCGGGCUUCAACUACGAAUCGUCCCGGAACCCGAGGCGUGUUCUUACCAAGCCUAGUAAAGGCGUGAAGAACGAUGGUUACGAUAACGAGGAUAGUGACUACAUUCUCUAUGUCAAUGACAUCUUGGGCAGUGAGGAAGCGGGCCACAAGAACCGUUAUCUCAUUCUUGAUGUGCUGGGUCAAGGAACCUUCGGUCAAGUUGUCAAGUGUCAAAACCUGAAAACUGGGGAGGUUGUAGCUGUCAAGGUCAUCAAGAACAAGACUGCAUAUUUCAACCAAAGCAUGAUGGAGGUGUCGGUUUUGGAUUUGCUCAACAGCAGAUACGACAAGAAUGACGACCACCACUUACUCCGCUUGAAAGAUACUUUCAUUCACCGACAGCAUUUGUGCUUGGUGUUUGAAUUGUUGAGUGUCAAUCUCUACGAACUGAUCAAGCAGAAUCAGUUCCGGGGCUUAAGUACGACAUUAGUACGCGUAUUUGCUCAGCAACUUCUGAAUGCAUUGAGCCUUUUGAACAAGGCGCACUUGAUUCACUGCGAUCUGAAGCCGGAGAAUAUUCUACUAAAAAAUCUGGAGAGCCCCAUUAUCAAAGUCAUUGACUUUGGUUCAGCCUGUGACGAGCGACAGACAGUCUAUACCUAUAUUCAAUCUAGGUUUUACCGCUCACCAGAGGUUCUUCUUGGCUUACCCUACUCAUCCGCGAUAGACAUGUGGUCUCUUGGUUGCAUCGUCGUUGAGUUAUUCCUAGGGUUGCCGCUUUUCCCUGGAUCUUCGGAAUACAACCAAGUCUGCCGCAUUGUGGAAAUGCUCGGCCUGCCGCCAACAUGGAUGCUGGAGAUGGGCAAGCAGUCUGGCGAAUUCUUUGAGAAGACCCAGGACGAGUUCGGUCGCAAGACAUAUCGCCUUAAAAGUCUAGAGCAAUAUUCUCGAGAGCACAACACGAAAGAGCAGCCGAGCAAGAAGUACUUCCAAGCGUCGACCCUGGAAGAAAUCAUCCGCAGCUACCCGAUGCCGAGGAAGAAUAUGAAACAAGCAGAGAUUGAACGAGAAUUGAACAACCGGGUAGCCUUCAUUGACUUCGUUCGUGGCCUAUUGGCCAUCAAUCCCCUCGAGCGUUGGUCGCCACAACAGGCCAAACUGCAUCCUUUCAUUACGCAACAGAAGUUCACAGGCCCUUUUAUGCCCCCGAUGAACCUGAAGUACUCAUCUCUGAACAAGACUGUUCCCCCUGGAAUUCAACAGCAGCAGCAGGCAGAAGCUGCCAGCAAGCAGAGGGCCGCACAAGCAGCCCAUGCCCAGUCAGCCGCACAGAAUGCCUACGCUAUGCAGCUGAAUCAGUUCCACACGCCCACGCAUGCUCAGCCGCCGCCAAUGUACAAUGGAAUGUUCACUGGUCAUCAGCAAGGUGCCCCUCCGCCCUACCCCACGCAGCCACCGGCGUACGGUCAUCAGAUGAACCUCAUCCCUGGCCAAGUGCCCCAAGCACAGUAUGCGCCCUCCCAGAGCCUCUACGCGCAAGCGACAACAAGGGCUGGGCGGCAACGGGCAUCUACCAUGGAUCCUCAGGGUGGAGGUAUUCCGCCAACAAUCCAGCGUGUGGCCAGCCACCUCGACCCCAAUGCACCUAUUCGAUUACAGCCUAGUCCGGCAUACUACCCCCCACCUCCAGAUGGGUAUGUCGACCCCAAUUCCGCUGGUCAGAGGCGACGAGGAAGUCGUACAGGCGGUACAAGAAACCGCGACUUCAUUCGAACCCUCGAGGAUGGGGUGUUAGGGGGUGAAGGCUUUAUGGGCCAAAACCAGUGGCAUUGAGAACACGCAUACCCAGGAACAGGCCGAUGGCACAUGGAUGUCCAUCGGCCUUACGGACAAGCCAUUUUUUCUGUAUAGGCAAGUGUGUGCUCCUUUGCGCGUCCAUCACCAGAAACUGGACGCAGAGCUACACUCAAAUGGCCUCC